AAUGUGGAAUGCCACUAUAGCACAUGCAGUCCGGCCCUCAGAAGUGAAACCCCAAAAUGAGAGUCUUCCCGCCACAGACUUCUGAGGAGCUGCUGUUGGUGCUCGAAAGGAAUGGCUGGAAUACCGCGCCGUUCCGACGCGCCCUUGCGACUGAGCAGCGGCUCCCCGGACACAAGGAUGCUGACGGCGCGUUCGACACACCUCAUGCCGAAAGCAGCAGCUGCGGCGGCGGAGUCGCGGGUGGUGGCGCUAGCGCUGGCGUGGCGCAUGGGCAGCAGCCGCUGGCGGCAGGCGGCCCCCAGCCGGCCCCCAGCCGGCCGCGGGUCAGCGAGGUGGUGGCGGUGGAGGCGGUGAAGGCGUACGGCAGGAUCCGGCAGUACGUACGAUGCACGCCGCUGGAGCCGUCGCCAUGGCUGGAGGGCUUGUCCCGUGACGCGGCUGCGGCUGCGGCUGCAGCAGCGGCUGCGGCUGCGGCGGCCGAGGUGCCGGGCACGGUUGCUGAAGCCGUCCCAGUUUGCGAAUCAGUAACUACAGGGGCAGGCGAGGGUGGUGGCGGCGUGGCAGCCGGUGGCGGCGGCGGCUGCGGCUCUGUGGCUCUGAAGCUGGAGAGCGAGCAGCACAGCGGGUCGUUCAAGGCCAGGGGCGCGGUGAACAAGCUGCUUUCCCUUUCAGAGCUCCAGCCCAGCACACACUGUGCCGCCUCCCCCGCCGCCCCCGUCACCGUGUACACGGCGUCCACGGGCAACCACGCCCUGGCAGUGCUGUACGCCUGCUCGGCACUGAGGCAGCAGCAGCAGGAGCAGGAGCAGGAGCGGCAGGAGCAGGAGCGGCAGGAGCAGGAGCAGGAGCGGCAGCAGCAGGAGCAGCACGGGCGGCGGCGGGGGCAGCAGCAGGGGCAGGGGCAGGAGCAGCCAGAUGGGCAGGGGCGGAGGCAGGGUCAGCGGCGAGGGCAGGGUCAGGGUCAGGGAGGGGAGGGCGCGGCGGCCGGUGCAGGUGCAGCGGCAGCGAAUGUGGGGCUGGCGGUAGGAGGAGGUAACGUUGCGGAUGAGGAGGAGGCGGGGGAGCAGGGGGAGGAAGAGGAGGAGGCGCCCAGUGGCUCGCCGCCGCUGGUCACGCCUGUGCUGUACGUGCCCACAACUGCGUCGCCGUACAAGGUCCGCAAGCUGCGCUCCCUGGGGGCGCGCCUGGUGCUGCAUGGCUCCGACUGCCUGGAGGCCGAGACGGCGGCGCGGGCGGCGGCAGAGGCGGCGGCGGCAGCAGCAGCAGGUGGUAGUGGCGGCCGCGGUGGCGGCGGCAUGUACGUCAGUCCCUACAACGACGUAUGGGUGAUGGCGGGCCAGGGCACGCUGGCUUUGGAGCUGCUGGCGGCGCGGCGGCGCGGGCGGCUGGACGCGGUGCUGGUGCCGGUGGGCGGCGGCGGGCUGGUGGCGGGAGUGGCGGCGGUGCUCAAGGCGGCAGACCCCAGCAUCUGGGUGGUGGGGUGCCAGCCCGCGGCCUCGGACGUGAUGGCGCGGUCUGUGCGGGCGGGUGCCGUGCAGCCCGAGGCCGCGCCGCCGCUGCCCACGCUGUCAGACGCCACGGCGGGGGGCGUGGAGGAGGACUCUCUCACACUGCAGCCGUGUGUGGACUGUGUGGACGAGUGGGUGUGUGUGGACGAGCACGAGAUCGCGGCGGGCCUGGUGGGGCUGCUGCGGGAGCAGUCCAAACUGGUGGAGGGCGCCGCGGCGGUGGCGCUGGCGGCGUACCGGCGGCUGGCGGCGGCGCUGGCAGGGCGGCACGUGGUGGUGGUGUGCUGCGGCGGAAACAUCGCGCUGGACGCGCUGAGGGGGGCACUGGACAUGGCGGCGGCGGCGGCGGCGGCGGCGCCCGGGGAGAUGCAGCACGGUAGUGGGACCCAGGGGCCUGGUAGGCUGGUACCUCGUAGCUAGGUAGGAAGCGCAUGGAUGGGUGGACUGGUUGCCGGGUUGGUCGGGUGUGGAGCGUGGCGUGCGGCGUGGCGUGGCGUGCGGUGUGCUUAUCGUUGGGCGUUGGCGCCUUGCCCACUGCUGGUCCGGCCAGGGGCGGCGUCCGGCUGUUCCGUGUUGCACCGGCGGGGGCGGGUGGAGGAGGGUGGUGUGAUUGGGCAAGUGAAGGGACGAGAGGCGCAGCAGGGCGGCGUGGCGUGUGCAGGUUGUUGAUGGGCGCAGGAGUCAGCCGGAUGCCGCGCUGGCUGUUGGGUGGUUCACGCGUGGUAAGACCGGUGGUGAAAUGCUGCUUGGUGGCUGCCGCACAUCUGUCUGACUUUAACCAAGGGGUCUGGCUCAUUAUCUUGCCAAACAACUGAGAUUUCGGUCAAGACCUUGUGCUCAACGCGCAAACCGCCCGUAGGUUCGCAGUGGCAGUGGCUUGGGUCCUGUGGCUGGGGUCCUGUUUGGGGCUUGCAAAUGUACAAACUGAUGUCAGCGGUUUGCUGUGGAGUACUGGAAUGGCACACGGCUGCAAAGAUGCCAAUGUGGGUGCAGCACUGGAGCAUGAAUGAGCUCAACAGGUCUUAGGGAGGAACCCUGCGUGAAUGGUUCCGCCGGACCAGGCAGGGACCAGGGUGCUAGGGGAACGUGACUUCGUGAGGGCAGUCGGCGAGGCCGCUACUGCGCAUGACGACGGUAGCGUCAUGUUGUUCCUGAGGUAUUGCAUGCAAUUUAUUUUGCCGAUUGCCGUAUGAACAUAAUAAUAACAAGCCAGGAUCGGAAGCGUCGGACUGUCGGAGCUUCGGAAUCACCGGAACCUGUCUGUCGCCUAUCAGGAUCCAAUCCAGUUUGCCCGAUGUGCGGGCGGCUGUAAGACAGUUUGAUG